GUCCGUUCUGCGCUUCAUUCCCCGAAAAAGGACAAGGAGGCGAGGGACAAAGCAAAAAUGAAUUUGUUAAUAUUCGGAGCACUGGCUGUGUUUCUCCCCAUCACAUCAGCACAGAGAGGGGACAGCUCCGCGCUGAGAGGAUGUCAACCAGAUGUAGACUUUGGAAGGUAUUGCCCGACUACCUGUGGAGUGGCGGACUACCUGUUUAGGUACACCCCUGAUGUAUAUGACGAUUUAGAUGAUAUGCUGGCUAAACUGGAAAGCAUAGGUAAUCUGACACGGGGAGCCGAGGAGAAAGUGGUCUUCAUGAGAGACAGGGCCACGUCGGCGCAUAAGUCCUCACAACCAGAUCUGUACUACAAAAGAUCCACCAGCAUGCUGGACGACGUCACUCGUUUUGAGAAGGUCAUCCUCUCUCAGGAGCAGCAGAUAUUUGAACUCCAGAAUUUUGUUUUAGCAAAUGACCGGCAAAUGCAAGAACUCAAGCAGCUCACCCGUCAGCUGGAGGCCACAUGCAGUGUGCCGUGCAAGGACACGGUGGAGAUCCAGCCAAUCACUGGAACAGACUGCCAGGAUAUUGCCAACAAAGGAGCCAGUGUCAGUGGUCUGUACUAUGUGAAGCCGGCGAAGGCCACAGACCAGUUCCUGGUCUACUGUGAGAUUGACACCUUUGGUCGUGGCUUCACUGUGAUUCAGAGGAGAAAGAGUGGACUGGUGGACUUCAACCGAAACUGGAUCCCGUACAAGGAGGGCUUUGGAUACCUUUCCCCAGAUGACAGCACAGAGUUCUGGCUUGGCUUGGAGAAGAUGCACCUUUUGACCACCAGUGUUACUCUCCCAUAUGUCUUGAGGAUAGAGAUGGUUGACUGGCUGGGCAACAAAAAGUAUGCCGACUACGCCAUGUUCCGAGUUGGACCAGAGCAGGAUAAGUACCGUCUGACCUACGGCUACUACUUUGCCGGCGAUGCAGGAGACGCCUUCGAUGGCUUUGACUUCGGGGACGACGCGAGUGACAAGGCCUACACCGUUCACAACGGCAUGCAGUUCAGCACCCCCGACAACGACAACGACAAGUACGACGGCAACUGUGCCCGCCAGGAUGGCUCCGGAUGGUGGAUGAACAGAUGCCAUGCCGGCCACCUCAACGGCAAAUACUACCCGGACGGAACGUACUCGGAGAAGGAUGCCGGUUCCUUCGACAACGGCAUCAUCUGGGUGACGUGGCACGACCGCUGGUACUCACUGAAGGAGACCACCAUGAAGAUCAUCCCCGUCAGCAGGAUCAGCACAGACGGAACACAGCAGUCUGGGGUCAAGCAGUUUGGAGGGCUCUAGGAUCCCCUCGUCCCCACUUUGAAAAACACGCCAAUCUGGGAGCUACAAUAAAUGCGUUACAUGUUUGUAGUUUUUCACCAGCACCUGAAAGUUAAAAUGACAUAAUUAUUGAAAAACUCUGCAUACUCACCGCCAUACCUAAACACAAAUCAACACAACACAGUCUCUCUCAGUCCCGCCCCCUCGUUCUCUGUUUAAUGUCAUUAAACACACAAAAAAAUUACAUAAU